AGACGCACGCCUGUCAGACGAGUCAGACCAUCAGACUUUCAGAGAGACCAUCACACGGGUCUUGUUCGCCACGUCUCCGUCUCCGGCAUCGCUCCUUCACGGAUUGAAUUUGUCAGCCACGCCGGGCCCGGACAGGCUUCGGAAUUGUACCAGCGACUAGCGAACGACGGUAUUAUUGUACAAGCGGCGAUACCAUGGUUGCCACGACGAGGGCGGUGGUCUGCCUGUCUCUCUGGCUGUCUGUCUGCCAGGUCGGAGGUUCGCACAUCCCUCAGGAGAUGAACAGAACCAUCCAGAACCUCCUGCAGCACUAUAAGAUUUCAGCGACAGAUAGAUUUAACGGGAAGCCCGUCUUCUCCAGAGAACCUCUGACCGGCAAAAUGGAGGCAAAGAGGGUGUUUAUGGGCGGCGUUCUGGAGACAUACGUGAACCUGCUCGAGCAGAUGUUGAAGCAGCUGCCCACCCAGAGUCCACCGACAGCGGAAAACAACCAGCUUCCCGAAUCUGCCGCCGGCACCGCCAGUGACGGUCAGGUGGCAGCGGACGGAGACGUGAGGAAGGAGCUGAACUUCAUCCUAAGGAAGGUGAAGGACCUGAGGAAACACCGAUACCACGAGCAGGAGAAGCUUCUGAAGGAACUGAGCAACCUUAAAGAAAUCAAGAUGGAUAACCGUAUCGUCCAAAGCAAAGCACUGUGGGAGCUGCCAUGGCUUUAUGAGGAGGCGAGCUCGCUCUAUGACAUCCAGAGGGAGAGGAGGCGGCGGCGACGCCAAAUCCGAAAGGUCAAAACUCAUCUGAGACCCUGAAAUGUCGACAAAGACGUCAACGGCAUAAACAAGGAUGUUUACUGACAAAUUACAAAUGCUUGAAUUGACAUGAGAAAACAAAAAGUUCAGACAAGUGUGCCAAGUUUUUCAUUUCUUUUAUUUUUUAUAGUUGUAGGAAUUUUUAGGGAUUAUUUAUAAAUAUAGGUAUUUAUUUUAAUGACAGUGAACCAGCAGCCUAAGCCUAACAGAUAUUGUAAUUUUGUAAAACAUUUUUCAAGGAAGUUUGGAGCUCGAUACUUGAAAGCAGCGUGACGGUUUAAUCCUGUGAAAUACUUUUGAUAACUAAUCAUUGAGUUAAACUCACUCAAAAUCAAUCAAUAUCACCUGGAAAUACUUGAUAUUUAUCUAUUGAAAAACUGCAGAUGAUUUAAUGCUUUAGAAAAUCUGCCUUAUAUAAUCAUAACAUAUUUAAGUAUCAGCGACUCAGGUUUUAAGAUGAAGCUAAGUAUCAUCACUCACAUGGUACAAAGUACACCAGAGAUUAAUACUGACAUACUUCAGUGUACUCUGAACAUUCAGGUAAAAGUACUUCACUGCAGCACAUGUACUCUGCAGCUGUGAGAGAAGUACUAAACUGCUUAGGAAUUUUUGUAUUUUACUGAUGAUGUUAUUUUUUAUAUUUAUUUUUGUAUUUAAAGUGUCUAUUUAAUAAUGGUACUGCUGUGACUUAUUGUUGAUUAUUUAUUGAUUGUAUUUAUUGAUUGGCAA